AGUGGCAAAGUGAGAAACAACAGGUCUGGAGAGGCAUUUGUGACAGCAGAAGUGAGUGAGACAAAGGUGGGGAAAAGGGAGGGGAAAUAGGCAAUAAAAAAAACUGAGAGAGAGAGAGAGAGAGAGAGAGAGAGAGAGAGAGAGAGAGAGAGUGGGAGGGAAGUAGGGAGACUUGGUCAGAGAGAGAUAGACAACGUGCAAGAGUACGUAGUAUAGAGAGAGAGAGAGACUGACAGCAGGACAAACAUUUCCCAGAGGAGAGAGUCUGGUUAGAAAGUUCAGUCUGACAAAAUGCUUAAAAGGAGGAGAAGUGUGUCAUUUGGUGGAUUUGGAUGGAUUGACAAGUCAACUUUAUCUGCCCUGAAAUCUCGCAGGAAGAAGAGGGAAAUGUGAAGAGCUGAAGGCCAAGGGAACACAGAUGGAUGGAUGCUUCACAAACUUUUGUGUCUGCAGGCCUGCAGGAAACAGGAGCAGCUGAACAUCUCCACUGUGCCUCUGGGAGAAUGUCCCCCCUCACCACCCCGCACUGCACCGCCCACCAUGAAGUCUGCGGAGUUCUUUGAUAUGCUGGAGAGAAUGCAGGAUGAUUAUAUCCCCUACCCACGGAUAGAAGCCAUCCUGGAGAAGGGUGGUCCGUACCCCCAGGUAAUCCUGCCACAGUUUGGGGGUUACUGGAUUGAGGAUGUGGAGGCACAAGCAGGGACCCCCUCCUCCUCGGAGUCUAGUUUCUGUGAGGAGGAGGACAGGGAAGAUGGCAUGAGCCCUGGUGGGGGGCAUAGUUACCGCCUGGAGUGUAACAGCACAGCCCGUGCCUACCGCAAACACUUCUUAGGCCAGGAACACAUGAACUACUACUGCACAGGCAGCAGCAUAGGGAACCUCAUCAUGUCCCUGAAACACGAGGAGGCAGAGGGACAGGAGUUCCUACGCAUCAUGCUCAGGUCGAGGACCAAAUCAGUCCAUGACAGGAUCUCUUUAGCAGGCAUCAACCAGCUGCCCAGUGUGCCUCAGAUUGCCAAGCUUCUGUGUGAAGAUGCCACAGGGCUGAAGUUCAACCCGGCCCUGUACCCUCGGGGAUCCCAGUUGAUUGUGGCUUUUGACGAACAUGAGGUGAACAACACCUUCAAAUUUGGAGUCAUCUACCAGAAGUUUGGGCAGACGUCAGAGGAAGAGUUGUUUGGGAACAACGAGGAGACACCAGCGUUCAAGGAGUUUCUCAGUAUCCUUGGCGACAACAUUGAUCUUCAGGACUUUAAAGGGUUUCGUGGUGGGCUGGAUGUGUCCCACGGACAGACGGGGUCUGAAUCUGUCUUCACCAUCUUCAGACAGAGAGAGAUUAUGUUCCAUGUGUCAACCAAGCUUCCCUUCACCGAGGGAGACGUCCAGCAGCUCCAGAGGAAAAGGCACAUAGGAAAUGACAUCGUGGCAGCAGUCUUCCAGGAAGAGCCCACACCUUUUGUCCCAGACAUGAUUGCCUCCAACUUCCUGCAUGCCUAUGUGCUGGUGCAGGUUGAGAACCCGUGUACAGAGCACACAACAUACAAGGUGUCUGUGACAGCGAGGGAGGACGUGCCUCCUUUUGGACCCCCUCUCCCGAACCCAGCUGUCUUCAAGAAGGGUCCUGAGUUCCGUGACUUCCUGCUGACAAAGCUGAUAAAUGCUGAAAACGCCUGCUACAAAUCCGACAAAUUCGCCAAACUAGAGGGGCGAACGCGAGCUGCGCUGCUGGACAACCUCCACGAUGAGCUGCACAGGCAGAGCCAGGCCACGCUGGGCCUGGGCCAGGCGGGAGAGGAGGACAAGCUGGAGAACGGGGGACAUGGGGGUCUGCUGGAGUCCUUCAAGAGAGCCAUGCGUGUCAGGAGCCACUCCAUGGAGACCAUGGUGGGGUCUCACCGCCAUCGGAGCCCUGGGGUAGGAGGCGGGGUCCCAGCCAGCCUGAGCGGCGGCGGUCUGCCGCAGAGCACCAGCGAAUGCACAAAGAGCACUUUCACUCCUCCCGUGUUGUCAGGCAAGUCUCCACUGAAGAGCCCGGUGAAACGGCGCUCAGGCCUCUUCCCUCGUCUCCACUCCAGCACAGAAACCCCCUCGGACAAACAUGCACGCGGCGAUCAAAAGCCUGCAGAGUUUUGCCCGCUGUCCCAAGAAGUGAGGUCAGAGACGUCGUCCAAUCCCAGCUCUCCUGAGAUAUGCACCAACAAAGAGAGGCCCUUCAUCAAGCUGAAGGAGUGCAGCGGCGGCAGGCCCAACAUAUCUCGCUCUUCAUCCAGCACCAGCAGCUUCAGCAGCACCACAGGAGAAACAGAGACUCUGGAGGAAUUGGACACAGGUAGUCACCCCUCGACAGCUGCCUCCUCUGCUUUCAGCCCCUCUCUCAGUGUCGACAGCCAGGGAUCAGGCACCCCUGUCAUCAUGUGCCGCAGUCCAACAGCUGCUGCAGAUGGAAAAAACAAGACGUCACCGAGGUCAAGCUUGAAGUUCCGCUUUGACAAAAUGAGCCACUCAUCUACAGCUUCCGAGUAGCAUCGCGGAAGGGAAACAAACAGACUUGCACAACAAAGGGACAACACAGGCUGAUGGAGCUGCAAAAAUAAUAAUAAUCUUUUUCUAGAAAAAUUAAGAAAUCACCACCACAACCACAUAAUCACUGUAGAUGCCUAAAGCCAAGGAUAAUCUGACAUUACUCCCAACUGCAACAAUACUGUGAGUGUACAGGGAGGAGGAACAGGUGAUUUAUUUUUCACCCAAUUUUAGCUGCAGAAAUUAGUCGAUGUUACAAGUCGGUGUAUCUCAGUUGCUAUUCGCUCUCAUCGUCUUAAAAGUCCCGGCAUGGCUGUAAUACUGUGAGCGUAGGCUGAGCUCCACUGUGCCUCAGCUUCUUCUCAAUCAUCUUAUUUGAUAGAAAGAUACAGAGAUCUGAACGUGAGACGUUAUGGCCGAACUGUUACUCUGUAUCCAGUGAACUGCUGAGAGGAUGAGAGGAUGUCUCAACAAGAUGUUGCUUUUGCCUUUGGCCUCGAAUGGUACUUCUGGCAUCAGUUCCUCAUUUGCCACACAGCAUACACUCACGGCACACUGCACACACACACAAACACACACACACACACACACACACACACACACACUCAGGCUACAUUGACACUACGUUUUCAUUUGAAACUGCAUCCUCUCUGCUACAGAUAAGUCUGGCGUCCAGAGAAUUUUCAAAUAGAGAAAACGCUGCUGGCCCGGUUUCAGUUUUAAAACUCCAGGGCUGCAUUUGGCCUUGACAGAAAUGGGGACGUUUAGAA